ACUAAUCUUACUGGUAUUCAACCUCGCAUCAUAGAUAUUCAGAGUUAUAAAGAUCAUAAGCGUAUAGCAAUUGUUCGCAUCGCUCGAGAGAAUUACAUAGCUGGCAUUAAUAGAUGUUUUGAGAGAAGGCUAUUACUUCGCGUUAUUCAAGAAAAUGGAACUGUUAUUCCAAUAAAUUUUGAUCAUAUCGAGGAGAUACAAUCUAUCAAUUAUUGCAUUGUUAAUG